AUGAAAUGCUUUAUUCCUCUCAAACUUGUCUCGAUACUACCUUUAUUUAUCCAUACAUUGUUUUUAACUGCUAAUGUUUUCGCUAUUCCCGCACCACGUCAAGAUUCCUCGACGUCAUCGAAAUAUGACAUAGUAUCGAGUAAUUUAUGCGAUGCUAACGUGAAACAGUAUUCUGGUUACAUUCAAGUUAGUCCGAGUACUCAUAUGUUCUUCUGGUUCUUCGAAGCACGUCACAACCCCAAGACUGCUCCUUUGACGUUGUGGUUAACGGGUGGGCCUGGUUGCUCGUCCUUGAAUGGAUUAUUUGUAGAAGUUGGUCCAUGUAAAACUGAAAAUAAUGGAAGUUCGACCAUCACAAAUCCCGAGAGCUGGACCGAAGUAUCGAAUGUUCUCUUUCUUGAUCAGCCAAGUGGUGUAGGUUUCUCUUACUCUGAUGAUGUAUAUAAUGUUACUUCAUCUGAACAAGCUUCUGCGGAUAUGUACAAGUUUUUACAACUUUUCUUCCAAAGAUUUCCACAAUAUUCGAAAUUAGAUUUUCAUAUAUUUGGUGAAUCAUAUGGUGGCCGUUUUGCGACAUCCUUGGGCAAAUAUAUAAUCGAUUCGAAUAAUAAAUAUGAAAAUGGAAAAAAUGAAAAAACUAAGAUAAAUCUCAAAUCAGUUGGAUUGGGUAAUGCAUUAAUCAAUUUCCUUAUUCAAUGGAAAUCUCUCACAGACUUUAUGGCAAAUAAUUCGUAUGUGUCUAUAAAUGAAACGAUCAUUAAUCAAAUGAUUGAUGCAUGGCCAGCGUGUGAAAAAGCAACCACAAAGUGUAAUCAAGAAAAAUUGGCCAAUGUGUGUCUUCGUGCUGUAGAUGUUUGUGCUGGAUCAAAUACUUCUUAUGCUUCGUACUAUUCAAACACUGGAUUAAGCCAAUAUGAUGUUAGAGCUCCGGUUGAAUCGAUGACGAGUGUACUUUCGCCUGACUAUGUGAAUUAUAUCACUAAACCCGAUGUUUUACAAGAAAUUGGUGCAAACAGUAAAAUAAAAUAUUUAGUGUGUUCAGGACGAGUUGGUCUGAAUCUUUAUCCUGAAUUGCCACUUGAUUUUAGUUCUGAGCUCGAAUUCCUACUCGAGAAUGGUAUCGGAGCUUUAAUUUAUCAUGGUGAUGCCGACUGGAUUUGUUUGGAAAUGGCCCUUAAUCUUAAUUGGAAAUGCAAAUCUAAAUUUUCAUCAGCUCCUAUGAAAGAAUGGUCCGUUGAUGGAACUAGCGCCGGUCAAGUCAAAUGUGCUGAUAAUUUAUCAUUUGUUACGAUAUAUAACUCCGGUCAUGAAGCUCCAGCCGAUCAGUCAAAAGCUGCAUUUGAUAUGUUUACUAAAUGGAUAUCUAAUAUAAAAAUUGAAUAG